GGGAGCAGCUGCAGUAGCAGCAACAAGUCGGGACUGUUAGAGUAAUGCAACAGAAGGCUUUUGAGGAAAGCAGAUACCCCUGGCAGGAAUCCUUUGAGAAUGUUUCUGUGUGCCUGCCAUUCCGCUGCCCGAGGUGUGGAGACCAUACCAGAUUUAGAAGCUUAUCGUCCUUGAAGGCCCAUCUGGAAUUCAGUCACAGCUAUGAAGAAAGAACCCUCUUGACAAAAUGCAGCCUCUUUCCAUCCCUCAAAGACACAGACCUAGUUACAUCCUCAGAACUCCUGAAACAGGGAAACUUGCAGAGUGGUGGCAACGUGGUAAAGCAGAAACCCAGCUAUGUUAACUUGUAUAGCAUUUCCCAUGAACGCUCCAAGGACAGGAAGCCAUUUGAGGUGGUGGCAGAGAGGCCUGUUUCCUACGUGCAGACCUACACUGCUAUGGACCUAUGUGCAGACUCGCUGGAUGGGCCACGGUCUAGUCCUGGACUUCCAACCUCAGACACCAAAGCUUCUUUCGAGGCACACGUCAGAGAAAAAUUCAAUCGGAUGGUUGAGGCUGUGGAUCGGACCAUUGAGAAGAGGAUUGAUAAACUCACUAAAGAGUUGGCCCAGAAAACUGCUGAACUGUUGGAAGUUCGGGCAGCUUUUGUGCAGCUAACUCAGAAAAAGCAAGAAGUGCAGAGACGAGAGCGGGCCCUGAACAGACAGGUGGACGUGGCUGUGGAAAUGAUCGCUGCACUGAGGCAACGCCUGACAGAAUCUGAGGAGGAGCUUCUUAGGAAAGAGGAAGAAGUUGUUACAUUCAACCAUUUCCUGGAAGCAGCAGCUGAGAAAGAGGUUCAAGGGAAAGCUCGGCUCCAAGACUUUAUCGAGAAUCUGUUGCAACGGGUAGAACUGGCGGAAAAGCAGUUAGAAUUCUAUCAAAGCCAGCAGGCCUCUGGCUUCUACCGGGACAUCAGCGAGCAUGUGCUUACAGAUAUCUCUGCAAAUAAGAAACCCAAAUGCCUAAGCAGAGUGCACUCACAUUCUGUGUAUAACCAUCCUGAUCUCAAGACCCACUUCCAUCCAAAGGGAAGGAACUACAUGAAAAAAGGCAAGGAUGACCGAGCCAGCAUGCAGCCUACCAAGUCCAUUCACGAACAGGCCGAGUCCUCGAGAGAACUCUGCAGACCGCUGAAGAAAGGGGAGUUCUUAGGGUGCAGCCGAAAGGGUAACCUCCGGCCCAAGAUGGCCAAGAAAAAGCCAACGGCAAUCGUGAACAUUAUCUGAAAGAAUGGGUGGCACUGGACCAUCACCACUGGGCUUUGGGGAACGUUACUCCAGGGAACAACCAUAAUGUUCUUCUGAAUGCAUCCCAUAGUAAGACACGUUAGAAAAGCAAAGGGCAUAGCACAUUUCAAGCUCCUCCAUUAACCAGAAUUUACCAAGCAGGAGUCUCAGUAAGUCAGAAUUGUAUUAUAAUCCCCUUUGCAAAGCUAGAGGCAAAUUUUAUGAAGAAUAAAAAAAUUAAAAUAAUCCUAUCCCACAAUCUUAAUAAAACAAAGCCCAACAUCUAUAAUAAUUGACCCAGGCUUCAGCACGUCAGCUUCUAUGCAGUGGUUAUUAAUUCUCAGACGCAAGACCACACAGGAUGUGAGGCCCUGGGAGAAAAUUAUCUGUUCCCACUGCUUUGUAAAUUGUGAAGUAAGGAAUGGGAGCUAUAAAGUUCUGAUAAUAUCAGGGAAAUAAAAAUAUUUUUAAGUUUCCCCUUAAUUAAUUUGAAGGCCUCCAAAAUAAGGAUUCCUGUUCCCCAGGUAUUCUGGUUAAUCAAGAUUGCAGUCUUGGAGUUGCUGAAGGGACGUGUUCAGUCAGACUUAGUUCUCAUUUCAACAGACUGUUUUUCAGGUUUUUUUGUUUUCUUAGGUGCAUGUUUAUUCAGAUUUUGGUACACUUCCAUGCUUUUCAUGGCCACGUAUUCUGCCCCCUCAGACUGUGCUUCCAGCCUCUGUCUUAAUAGCUGCUUCUAUUGCUGUGGCUGGAGAAGAUGGUGCCACCCUUUGGAUCAUACCCAUCAUGGGUGCAGUGUCUGAGUGGUUGUAACGCCAGCAGAUCGCACAGGUCAUGUCCUGUGACCAUCCUGGAGGUGCUGUAGGUGUCACUCAGCCCUUCUCUAAGACCUGCUUCCCUGGUAGUAUCAGCAGCUGUGGGCAUGACUUUCUCUUCGCCAACUUGACUUUUCCAUCCAACAGUUCACUUUGCCUCCUGCCGUGUCUACACCCUUUUAUUACUAAACUAUACCCUUUAUUACUCAACUAUACCUCCAAGUGUUGAGUGACCACUGUACAUUGCAUCCCACAGUAAGUCCUGAAAUAAGCAAUGCAUAUAGGAUCCAGUCUGACACUGCCCUCUCCUUUCUAAAAAGGCUGUUGUUUCCACAAAGAACUAUCUGAUACAAACCUGCUUUACGAUU